UCUGGUCAAUAAAAAAUACUUAAAAAAAUGUUUUCAGACUACUGUUGAAGGUGACCCAUUCCAAUUCAAAGGUCACCGAUAAAAUGACUUUAAUUCGUGAUGAUUUAAUGAUUGAAUAAAUUGUAUAAACGACCUGUUAUAUCAGUUGGUAUUUGUAGUUAUUAUUAAGUAUUACUAUUAGUAUUAGUAUUAGUAUUAGUAUUAGUAUUUCCUUGGACUUGGAGAGUUGGUGGCUGAGGGGCAGGACAUGUUUAAGUGGUAAGCUCAUGCUAUCGGACGCCGGGGGACGGAAGACGCUAAAUGAAACGUGUAGUGUGAGAAGUGUAAGUAGAUACGGCUUAAACAAACUUUGCUCGGUAUAGUCAUACAUUAUGUAUAUGCUAGACUUUCAUAUAUACGUAUAUAUAUUGAUAACGUAUAUAGAUAUGUUUUGUGGGGAUCUAGCGUAGCGUAGUUUGAAUAGCAGCUGAGCGGGAGGAUUUCACGCGAAUGCGCGCGCAGAUCCCCGCUUUUUUCCCGCCAACUUACGGAUCCUAUAUAUGACGUCACCAUUAUAGGUCGGGACGCUUUCAGCAGAAGCUGACAAUUGCUUUCGGAAGCUGAGGAAUCAUCAUCUUUUACUGGCUAUUCUUAAGACUUUUUUUUUUUUAAAUGGCACCGACAACUGCAACAAGUUCUUCGGAAUCACUCGAACAAAUGCCUAAAAAUGACACUCUCAAAUUACGAGAGAGGCAUAUUGGGCAAUCGUGUAAGCUCUUUUAUCGAUCAAAUCCUUUGAAGAUUGUCAAAGCAACUGGGCAGUACAUGUACAAUGAACGGGGGGAAUGUUACCUCGAUUGUAUCAACAAUGUGGCGCAUGUUGGACAUUGUCAUCCAGAGGUUGUAAAAGCCGGUCAACAACAGAUGUCAUUAUUGAGUACCAAUAAUCGUUUUCUGCAUGACAAUUUAGUAGUCUGUGCCCGUCGAUUGACUUCACUGCUACCGGAGCCGCUGUCUGUUUGUUUUCUCGUUAAUUCCGGAAGCGAGGCGAACGAUCUGGCACUCAGAUUGUCCGAGGCACACACUGGCAAUAAAGACGUUAUUGCUCUAGAUCAUGCUUAUCACGGACACUUGACCUCGCUGAUCGAUAUCUCACCCUACAAGUUCAAUCAACUGGAGAACGGGAAAAAGGAGUGGGUGCACGUGGCUCCUUGUCCGGAUGUCUAUCGCGGAAAAUAUCGAGACGUGGACUAUCCAGGUGAGGAUCUCGGAGAAAAGUACGCGAACGAUGUAAAGAGGAUUUGCGAUAACGUUAAGUCUCAAGGACGGGGUAUUCGUGCAUUCAUCGCCGAAAGUCUUGUAUCCGUUGGCGGGCAAAUAAUUCCCCCGUUAAAUUAUUUCAAAAAUGUCUACCGCCACGUACGUCAAGCCGGGGGUUUGUGUAUCGCAGAUGAAGUUCAAGUUGGGUUCGGUAGGGUGGGAUCACACAUGUGGGCAUUCCAACUUUACGGCGAGGACGUAAUACCGGACAUUGUAACGAUCGGUAAACCAAUGGGAAAUGGGCAUCCUGUGGCCGCAGUUAUAACAACUCAGGAGAUUGCCGCCAGUUUUAAAAGUACCGGGCUCGAGUACUUUAAUACGUACGGGGGUAAUCCGGUAUCAUGUGCGAUAGCAAAUGCAGUAAUGGAAGUAAUUGAAAAGGAAGGUCUUCAAAAGCACGCAGCAAGAGUUGGCAGUUACUUGUUGAAUGAAUUAAUUAAAUUAUCCCGAAGACGUACUAUUAUUGGAGAUGUACGUGGUGUCGGAUUAUUUAUUGGAAUUGAGUUGGUACGUGAUCGUGAGCUGAGAACUCCAGCCACGGCGGAGGCCAAGCACGUCGUAUCUAGAAUGAAGGACGAAAAAAUUCUUGUAAGCAGCGACGGACCUGAUAAUAAUAUUCUGAAAUUAAAACCGCCGAUGGUUUUCUCAAUUGAAAAUGCCGAUCAUCUUGUACAGACGCUCGACUACAUUUUGCAAGAGGUUGAAGUUGAUAUUGAUCAAGUAAUUGAACCGACGACCGCGAUAUUGGAGGCAGUCAUCUCGGCGGUAGAUAUCGAUCCCUCGAUAUCACAGCCAACUAAAUCCGUGGCCAUUCGAGCGAACUAGGUGACUUAGUCAUCAAUUAUUUUCAGAAUAUUCAUCUUUGAUGCAACUCCUCAUCAUUAUUAUUAAUUAAUUAUUUUAGUAAUUAAUUAUUAUAAUUUAUAUAUAAAUUUUCUAAAGUUAUAAUAGUGUAAAUAGAUUUGUAAAUAAAUAAACAAUGAAGUAAUUGUA